AUGGGACGGUGGCGGAGCCAUCUUGUUUUAUAUCCGUCCUAAGCCCGUUGGAAGCCAGAGGAAACAGCCAUGGAAUAUGACACUAUAUCCCGACCCUAGCCAACUGAAAUCAACACAUCCGAGUACCGAAGCUUAUUUCUGAUCGACGGAAUAUACACAGCACGCGGAAUCUGCUGUUCGUUGUGAUUUAUUUCUCCACAUCGGCGGCUGCUGCUUUAACUGCAUUUUCUCUCGCACAUUUUCUCCGGUGUAAGAUACUAUGAAUGGAGGAUAAAUGUUGCCGAAGGCUGACAGCGGUGGUUUUGUGCUUCUCCUCUUCAUUCUGACAAUAACAGAUCCGUCACGGACAGGUCCACGGCUCGCUCUGGCCAGACUGUUGUCAGACCUGCGCUGCAAUCCUGGCCAGUUUGCCUGCCGGAGCGGAAAAAUGCAGUGCAUCCCUCUGUCCUGGCAGUGUGAUGGAUGGACGGCCUGUGAGGACAAAAGCGAUGAGAUAGAUUGCCCUAGGAAGUGUCCGAGCGGCUGGCACCACUAUGAAAAGACAGCCAGCUGUUAUAAAGUCUACCUGAGGAGCGAGAACUACUGGCAGGCGGUGGAAACCUGUCAGAAGGUCAACGGCUCCCUCGCGACGUUCGGCACCAAUGAAGAGCUGCAGUUCAUCCUCAAGAUCGAGGUGGACUUCGACGAGAACGUGUGCGAGCGAAAGGACCAGUGCAAGUUCUGGGUGGGAUAUCAGUAUGUGAUUACCAACCAGAAUCAUUCGCUCGAGGGCCGCUGGGAAGUGGCGUAUAAAGGGUCCAUGCAGGUGUUUUUGCCUCCGGAGGGUCUGGCUAAUUUGGGCAAGGCGAACCCAACCCAGGAUAACGUGUUCUGCGCCCAGCUGCAGCGCUUUCAGAUCAAGAGCAUGAACGAGCGGGGCUUGCACAGCUGGCACGCCGAAAACUGCUAUAAAAAAUUCCCCUUCCUCUGCAAGAGAAGACAAACGUGUGUGGACAUUAGAGACAACGUGGUGAACGAGGGCUAUUAUUUCACGCCUAAAGGGGACGACCCGUGUCUGAGCUGCACGUGCCACGACGGCGAGCCGGAGAUGUGUGUGGCCGCCCUGUGUGAGCGUCCGCAGGGCUGCCAGCAUUUCCGCAAGGACCCUAAAGAGUGUUGCAAGUUCACAUGCUUGGAUCCCGACGGCAGCAGUCUGUUUGACUCGAUGGCGAGCGGCAUGAGGCUCAUCGUGAGCUGCAUCUCGUCCUUCCUUAUCCUCUCGCUGCUGCUCUUCAUGGUGCACAGACUGAGGCAGCGCCGGCGGGAACGCAUCGAAACCCUCAUUGGAGGAAACCUGCAUCAUUUUAAUCUGGGUCGGAGGGUCCCUGGCUUUGACUACGGGCCGGAUGCGUUCGGGACGGGCCUGACGCCUCUGCACCUCUCUGAUGAUGGUGAAGGUGGAGCGUUCCACUUCCAGGAGCCUCCGCCCCCUUAUGCUGCUUACAAAUACCCAGAUAUCCACCACCCCGACGACCCUCCUCCUUCAUAUGAGGCCUCCAUCAACCCAGACAGCAUCCUCUACAUGGACCUCAGACGGACCGGGGUUCCGCUCGCGACUGGUCACAUGAGCGGCGCCGCCGCCGCCGACUCUCUCCAGAGGGAUUUCCCCGGGCCUGCGCUCCCCGCCUUGCUGCCGCCCCUGGAGGAGCGCGAGGACUCCAUCGACAGCAGCACCCUGCUGGUGUCUCCGGACACCCCCAACGAAUCAGAGAGCAGCAUCACGCAGAGCUCCACGGCAGACUGCAGCGGCCCCUCGCUCAGCACCGUGGUGUAGGGUACGUGUCCAGACUGCGCUCUACUACAUGUUGGAGGAUGUAGGACUCGAGGAAGAUUUCCUGUUCAGAGCAAAGACUUCAGACACGAACCAAAAGACGAUUGUUUGGGGGGUUUUAUUCAGCGUUUUUUCAGCUUGAGCGUCACAUGUAAAUACUUCCGUCGGCCAUCGGUUGAUGUCGUGGAGGGCCGACAGAGCACCUCUCUCUGAGGUUUACACUGGCAUGUGUCGAUCACCACACUUUGAACGAAUGAACCGGUCGACGAACAGACUUUUUAGGCCUUAGUGGUGUAAUCAAGACGACCUGACGUUCUCACUGGAAUCGUGUCCCACACACUGACUCUUUCCUGGCACAAAGAAGCUAUUUUUCCUUGACUCAUUACUGCUCUGUCUAAACCGACCCUUGGGUGGUCGUCUCUACGGGAAGGAUCCGUUUAGACGUGAGCGGUACCAUGUUACCAGGAGUUCUGUGACAUCUGGUUUUUACAUUUUCUGUCUGUCAGAUCAGUAGCACAAACUCAAAAAACGAAGAAAAAAAACCCAUUUGAUUCGAGGUACGAGUUUCAGCCUUUUUUAAGUGUCCUGCUGUGGCAUGGUGAUGCAAAUCCAUCGCCUCGUUUUUGGAAAAGAAUGUCAGAAGCGUUUGAGAGUCCUUUGGGAGGUGAACUUUGUCGAAAAACGGAUUUAGGUGUGAUCAACGUCACAUUUGCUCAAGUCUAAAAGGGUGAAUCUCAUGACAGCUGUGAAGAAAUUACCAGUUUUUACCGAAAGAAAAAAAUAAGAGAUUAUAUUUUGCAUAGAAGCUGAUUCAACCAUGCAUCAUUACUUAAAAUAUUCAGUGGUCCACAGUAUUUCAAACACAUCUCGUUUAUUUCAUGACUGUAAUGCUGAAAUUUUUUUUUUAAUUAAAUUUAAAAAUAACGUACUUGUGC